AUGAUUGCUGAAGACGGAACUGUUGGUCGCAGCUCGACAAGUGCCCAUGCCGAGACAAAUGUCGCUAUAUGGUCGCCAGCCCACCCAACAGCUUUCGACAAAGCUCGUAAAGCUACUAUUUUUACUCGCCUGGGAACUAUGCACUCGCACCAAGAGGUUAAAGCGGCACUGGAGGCAACUAAAGGUGUUGACCAGAUGUUUUGCCUAUCGGUCAACAACGUUAUUCUCGUCUUCUCUGCCUCUCAGGAUGAGCACACUAUGCACUGUCACAAGGUUCUCUAA